AUGGUCAGUGUUAUUAUAGAGAGCGAAUUGGUUCGUACCGAGAAAGAGUUCUCACAGGCGCUCACGCUGAACGAGUUCAAGAACAGACUCUAUCACAUUACCGGAAUAGAACCCGGUGACAUGGAGAUGGUUGUAAAAAGACAGUACGACGACAAAAUGAUAUUCGACUCGAAGAAUGGGGACACAGCGGCCAGUUUCCUGGAGAGCGAGGAAGGAUUGGUUGUAGUUGUCAAAGACACUAACGCCCAAUCGAUCACGAAUCAACUAGCUACGCAAGCGGAUGGAUCCACGUCAGCACAGACAAUCAGCGAAGAGGAUUACUUGCGGAGGGAUCAGUCCGUACUGCGGUGGAAGAUGGCCCACGGGUAUGGGAGGUUUAAUGCUGCACAACAGAGUCAGCACGCUGUACAGACACGGGAGGACGAGGCGUACGCCAAAGAGCAACUGACGGCGGCUAUCGGCCGCCCCUGCCGUGUCACGGUAGACGGCCGUGCUCCGCGUGAGGCCGUGUUACGGUACGUGGGGCCAUUGCCGUCGGACGCGACGGGCACGUGGUGCGGCGUGGAGUUUGCUGAGCCUACGGGCAAAAACGCCGGAUGCCUCCAAGGGGUGACCCUGUUCGGGCCAGUAGCGCCGGGUCACGGUUCGUUCGUACGUCCGCGAACCGUGGAAGUUCUGUCAAAAAACGGCGAGACAGACGACGUUCAUCGUGACGUGGAAAGCGAUGGUGAAAUUUGA